CCUGGCCGGCCGCGCAUGCGCGCCGAUGGAAGGGGCGAGCAAGAUGGCGGCGGUGAUUCAAAACGUUGUGAAGAACAUCGGCGAGCAGUACUACAAGGAUGCAAUCGAGCAGUGCCACAACUACAACGCCAGGCUCUGCGCGGAGAGGAGCGUGCGCCUCCCCUUCCUCGACUCGCAGACCGGAGUGGCCCAGAGCAACUGCUACAUCUGGAUGGAGAAACGGCACCGGGGGCCAGGGAUGGCUCCUGGCCAACUCUACACCUACCCUGCCCGCCGCUGGAGGAAGAAGAGGAGAGCCCACCCACCAGAGGACCCCCACCUCAGCUUCGCAGCCCUCAAGCCAGAUCUGGACUUAGGAGUGAAGAAGGACAGCCUUGUGCCGCCUGAUGGCAGCAGCUUGGAAGCCUUGCUGCGUGGGGAGGCGCUGGAUAAACAGAGAGGGAUGUCCGAUCACAGGGAUGACGACAGCCUUAAUGACUACCCAGUGAACAACAGCAGGGCACGGAAGAGAAUCCUGGAUCCUGAUGACUUUCUGGAUGAUCUGGACGACGAGGAUUAUGAGGAAGACCUCCCAAAGCGCCGAAGCAAAGGGCGAGCCAAGGGAAAAGGAGUCGGCAGGAGCGCGAGGAAGAAAGCGAUGGAUGCGGCUGCCAUCGAGGACCGUGAGAAGCCAUAUGCCUGUGACAUCUGCGGAAAGCGUUACAAGAACCGCCCGGGACUCAGCUAUCAUUACGCGCAUUCCCACCUGGCAGAUGAGGAGGGAGACGACGACAAGGACUUGGAGCCACCGAUUCCGGUGUCGCAGCGGAGAGAGGAACUGGGUCGACCUCCAGGCGACUUGAGAAAAUUGAAAGCAGCCAAGAAGGGACCGGACGGCCUGGCCUUGCCCAACAACUACUGCGACUUCUGCCUGGGUGACUCGAGGCUGAACAAGAAGACGGGGCAGUCGGAGGAGUUGGUGUCGUGCUCGGACUGUGGCCGCUCAGGACACCCCUCAUGCCUCCAGUUCACCCCAGUGAUGAUGGCUGCGGUGAAAACCUACCGAUGGCAGUGCAUCGAGUGCAAGUGCUGUAACCUAUGUGGUACCUCGGAGAACGACGACCAACUGCUGUUCUGCGAUGACUGUGACCGUGGCUACCACAUGUACUGCCUAACUCCACCAAUGUCAGAGCCUCCUGAAGGGAGCUGGAGCUGCCGUCUCUGCCUGGAUACGCUGAAAGAAAAGGCGUCGAUUUACCAAAAUCCCAACCCUCCUCCCUCCUAAUUCACCUGCUGUGGGACAGGAGGGCUUCCCGGCAGGGCUGGGGCGAGGCUGGAGGGUGAGGUGGGGUUGGAGGAGCUCCCAGUAAAUCUCAGUGGCAGGGGGUAGAACUCUCUGCUCUUCUCAGUCAGUCACCUGUGGAACAGGUCUUCGCGCGCGCGCGUGUGUGUGUGAGCAUGCACGCCUCCGUGUGCACCCGUGUGUGGGUGUCUGUGUGUGUGCGCGCGCGCCUAUGCAUGCAUGCGUGUCCACAUGCAUCUGUCUCCGUGUGUGUGUGUGUGUGUGAGAGAGAGAGAUCUCUAAACCCCCUGUGGGAACACUACAAUUUUAAGCCUGAGAUGAUUGGUGAGACUGAAAGUGAUCUCCCCAUCCCAGUGCAGUCAGGACCACGGUGACCCCCACACCCCUCAGCCCUGGGUUGCGAUCCAGAGAACCAGAGACUUCAGCAGAAGCCCUCCACUCUCCGCCCCUGACUGAGCCAGGUUACCUCUCCGACCAUCCUUUGUAUGUAUGGGGUUGAGACCCAGUGAGCCCCUUCCCCCCACCCCCCACCUUCCACCCUCCCAAGUCCCCUUUAGCUGCUGGGUGAACCCCUCACUGCCCAGGGAGGUCUGUAUCCAGCCCCAGUUAUUGCUGCUUCCCCCCAGCCCCCACACUAUCCCAGCAUAACCGAGACUCUGCACUGGUUCCAAGGGAAGCGUAUCUGCGCUUUCUGUCGAGUGUGGGGUGGCUUGUGGGAUGACUCGGGCAGCCCGUAUCUCCUCCGAGAUCUUCUGGUUACCUUCUCGGCACAGGGAGGGCGCCCAGAACAACGGGCGAGCAGUCGCUCGAACGAUAACUUUGCUCCCAGCCUGGCCGUUAGCUCCACUCCCCCAUCUGUGUCAGUGCUGUCUCCUCCUCCCACCCCAGUCCGCAGAACCCACGCUUGUCUGCUCCCUGAGUCCGUCCCAGCUCUUUAACAUUCUUCCCCUUUCGGUGAGCGGUGAUCUGACAGGAAGACCCCCAGUACUUCAACAGGAGGGGCUGACUAACUCCUAGAUGGACUCCCCCUCCGAUGACAGCUGCAGCUGCCAUCGAGCCCAAUCCCUUUGGGAGUCCAUGGGUGUUUCCUUCUCGAGCAAUGGUUUGCCCCCUCUAACCCUGACCGUGACUGAUUUGUAAAUUCAGCUCCCCGUCUCACAUAACGUCCAAGACAAAAUCUUCUCACGGUGUUUCUCCCCGACCUCCUGCUCUGGCCCCAACCACCCCUUCCCCACAGUCUGAACAAGUUCCAGACCGCUGCACGUCUUGAUAUAAGGUGCUUCCUGAUGUCUAAACGGGGUCAUAUUUUUCUUUAAAGUAGCUGGGGUUAGGUGCAGGCUAAAUUCCCCACUUAGUGCCAAAAUCCAGCACAGCUCCAGGUUCGAUCCCAACCUCCGGUGCUGUCUGUGCGGAGUUUGCAUGUUCUCCCUGUGAUCCCGUGGGCUCCCCCCCCCCCACCCCCACCCCCACCGUGCUCUGGUUUCGGGUUCCCUCUCAUCCCAACGACGUGCAGGGUCGGUGGGUUAAUCCGCCGCUGUAAAUUGCCCCCUUAGUGUGUGGGUGAGGGGUAGAAUCUGGGGGCGUGGUGGUGGAGGUGAAGUUGAUGGGAGUGUGGGGAGAAUAAAAUGGGAUCAAUGUAAAUGGGUGGUUGGUGGUCAGUAUGGAAUUGAUGGGCCGAAGGUCCCUUGAUCGUGCCUGACGGUCAGACAGCUGAGGGGUCCUGUGUGACAGAGGAAGCCACGUCGCAUUGAACGGCUAAGAUACCUUGGGCGUGAAAGCAGAUCCCUUUGCUGUUUGGAAAUUCGUCUUAGGGGUAAGGAAUUGGAUGUCAGAUUGUACCCAGUGGAAUUGGUCUCCCUGGGAACCCCAACCCUCCCCCAGUAAAGAGAAAUGGACAUUGGUAGCUGGGACCAGAAGACGUGGGGACAGAGCAACCAGUCCGUCAGGUGUGAACCACCCAGUGACAGGCAAACCAGAUCCUCCCGCAGGCCAUCCAACCCUGUUCGGGAGAUCACCGCGCGUUACCCUUCAAGGUAUUUACUCAUUUUCUUAAAAAAAAGUUUGUGCGCACCAACUUUGCACAAAGUCUUGUCACUGUGUUCCAGCGUUGGCAAAGGGAUACAGCUCGAGUGUACAGGUAGAGCUGGCCAUUUCACACACAGAGUGCACCAAGCUCUCGUCUUGUACCCUGUAACCUCUCUGUCCCAUGUGCAGGACUCCCCGGGAGUGCUUGAAUCUCAGAUGCCCUGCUAUUCUGAGGAGGAGAUGGCUCUCCUCGCUGGCAAAGGGCCAGGUUCUCUUCACCCCCACCCCUUCCAUCAGCUCGCCCUCCAGUUCAACCCUUACCCAUCCUAACACCUUUGAAUCCUCUACCUCACCUGUCCUGAAGUUCCAGAUACCUAACGCCCUUAUGAUUUUCUUCUGUCUGCGUAGAGGUGUGUCUGUGCGCGCCUGUGUCUGUGUUUGCGCACUUGUAGCUGUGUGCACGUGGGUGUACGUGUCUUUGUACUCACCAUGGUGUGUGUGUGUGUGUGUGUGUGUGUGUGUGUGUGUACACGCACCGUCCAGCUCUGUAAAGUGUGCUGACUCUUAGCCGUUCCUGAGGCAGGGGAGGGGCACAGAUUUAGAGUUCCUUCCUCUCAGCAACCAAUGUGCCUCCACAGAUCAUCCUCCGCCCCCACCGCAUCCCCUCCCCACCCUUCCAACCAUCUCCAAGAAUUGACCACUGGCCAUCCGGGGCGCGUUGGAGAUUCUUGAACUCGAGGCCAUGUUGUGUUGGGGGUUCUUGUGGUCCACAGUCAGUCUGAAUAGGCGCCCUCCAACCCUGAAGCUCGUGGUUCACACAACCUCUCCGGGGGCGUGGCUCCACUCCAGUCAGUUCUUCUCCCCUUCCUCAAAGGUGUCCCAACAUCAAGUGCUUCCUUCCUCGCCCCCUGGGAGCCUCGUAGCCAAACAGUGGGGUGGAGAAGCUGGCAGUCGCCAGUCCCGUCUCCUCUAUCAGGAGUGGUGACUGAAAUAGUUUUAAAUGAGUGCACAAAAUAUUUGCACAAGAGGUUUUAGUGAAUUUAGAAGCGAGAUUCCCCGAGAAUGGAGCCCGUCCUGUCCUCUGGGGUGAGAUAUUUUUUUAUCUAUAGAUAUAUAUCCACACUUUAGUUAGAGUUGUAGAGACUAAUGAGUCAAUCCUUCCGAAGAAUGUUACUAAUUUUAAAAUUGAAUUGUACCAUAUAUUUCAAAGGUUAUUUUCCCUCCUCACAUUUAUUGCGACAGAGUAUUUUUCCAAUCUCAUAAGGCACAGGCCACAAUCUUUUUCCAGUCUAGUUUUUUGAUACUUUCUUCUCUUCUUUGUUCUUUUACUGGGGAAAAGGGUGGGUGGGUUGCUGGUUUCCAACAGGUAACAAACUUUGCUUCUUUUCAAUGUUAAUUAAAGUUUCCAC